CUGCUUGCUCGUAAUAAUCGGGGGGGCCUGGCCUCUCGUUCGCUGUUGGCUGGACCCCAAAACAUAAAGCCCGUAUGUAGGCCCAGGCCAGCGCACUGGGCUGGGCCAGGCGAGUCGAGCGGUCCUCACCUCCGCUCUUGUCCUGAGAGAAGAGGGAAGAGAGAGAGAGAGAGAAGGGGGGGAUGGCGGAACGGAGUUGGAGGCCUUCCGACGCGAUCCUUCGCAGAAUCAAAGGAUUCGUGAGAUGCGUGGUGGAGGAUGUUGCGAGUAACCGCUCUCUCUCCAUUCCCCUCGAUCGCUACAGGAACUACUGCUCCGAUCCUUCUGGAUCUUGCAUUUGCAGCUCUGGCCUUCCCUGCGGUAAGGAAAUCAUCUUGCUCGAAAAGGAAAGCCAUGCGUAUAGAUUGGAUGUCCUGCUUAACGUGCUACUAAUUGUACAACGCCUACUACAAGAAAACAAGCAUGGGUCCAAGAGAGACAUAUACUACAUGAAACCAUCAUUUUUUCGAGAGCAAGCAGUUGUUGAUCGAGCAAUCAACGACAUAUGCAUCCUUCUCAAAUGCAGCCGCCAUAAUUUGAAUGUGGUUCCUGUAGGAAAAGGGUUGGUGAUGGGUUGGUUAAAGUUCAUAGAAGGUGGCAGGGAAAUUUAUUGCAUAAGGAAUCCCAACACUGCUUAUCCUAUUCCUGUAUCCGUGGAAGAUGUUGAAGGUAUUGUGAGUGUGGCACGCUACAUACUUGUUGUAGAGAAGGAGACUGUAUUACAGCGGUUGGCAAAUGAUAAAUUUUGUGACAAGAAUCAUUGCAUAGUCAUUACGGGACGGGGUUAUCCGGAUGUUCCUACAAGAAGGUUUUUGCGCCAUCUGGUAGAUCAACUGCAAUUGCCUGUCUUCUGUUUGGUAGAUUCAGAUCCAUAUGGUUUUGAUAUCUUGACUAUUUACAGAUUUGGUUCCUUGCAAAUGGCUUAUGAUGCAAAGUUGAUGUGCGUGCCUGAUAUCCGGUGGUUAGGAGUUUUCCCAUCGGAGUUUGAGAAAUACCAGGUUCCAGAUCGAUGUCUGCUCCAGCUGACACCUGAAGAUAAGAAGAAAGCUCAAGCCAUGAUGCUGAGAUGUUAUUUACGACAGGAAGCGCCACAGUGGAGGUUUGAGUUGGAGAUCAUGCUGCAAAAGGGAGUGAAAUUCGAGAUUGAGGCACUAUCUGUCUCUUCACUGUCCUUUUUGUCAGAGGAGUAUAUUCCUGCAAAGAUUCAACAUGGAGAGCAUGUUUGACUGCAAAGUAUAGUUUGUUCCUAGAAUUUCCUUGUCCAUUUAAUUUCCUUCUUUGCAUAUCGAGGUUAGCGUCUGGAAUAGAAGUCAUUUCCAGUUGGGGAAAAUGUAUAGGGGUUGUCUGUUAUGCACAAAAAAUUGCAACUGCAGCUGCAACUGUUGUCGUCCUUCCUUAUUAAAAAAAAAGGUAUUAAGAGUUAAGAGGAAUUUUGAGAAAGUCUAAUCUAAGCACCAACUCCAUUAUAGUUC